AUGGCCUGCGUGAGCUCCAGCCUGUGGUCUUCUGUCCAGUGUGUGUGCAGGGCCCCACCUCACCCUGAGGACGGGGAAUGGACAGCUGUGCACCGGCCUCUGACCUGGGGAAGGCUACCCGCAUGCACAGCCCUGGGGCUGGGUCUCUCCUGUCCCUUGUGUGUGUGGCAGAGCAGGGCGGCCGCAGACGGGGAUGGCUGGCAGCUGCUGCCCACCAUUGCAGAGUCCUGUGCCUUCAUGCAGGUGGGGUCUUGGCGUCCUCUGGACCCUUUGUUGGGAAACGGCAGCUGUGGGAGGGAUGCUUGGGCAGGCUUUAUGGCCCGGAUCCUGCAGUCCCUCUUGGUGCCGAUGAAGACGCUGGAGCAGCAGGUGAACCAAGGCCAGCAGGGCCCCUUGAGCAUGGUGCUGCUCAGCCAGGUGAAGGUGGCCCUGGAGCCAGCCCCAGCCCCGCACCCCAUCCUGCACCUGCAGCCCCAGCAGCUCCUGCAGUUCCAGCAGUGGCACCUGCUGCAGCAGCCCUACUCUCCACCCCUGCUGUACCCAUUCCCGGCACCACAGGCCCACCUGCACCAGUUCCCCCAGCAGCCCCAGCCGCCCCUGCAGCAGCAGCUUGCCCACUUGCAGCAGCAGAUGCAGUCGAUGCCAAAAGUACAGCCACCCGGCCAGACUGCCCAGGCCCUGAACCCUGCUGCCCAGGCGCAGGCUCAGCCCCCGCUGUUUGGACAUGACCUAGCAGUGGAGAUCCCAGAAGAAGGCUUCUUCCUGGGAUGUGUGUUUGCAAUCAUGGAUUAUCCAGAGCAGGUGUCUGACAAGCAGCUGCUGGCCACCUGGAAAAGGAUUAUCCAGACACAUGGAGGAGCCAUGGACCCCACGUUCUUGAGCCGCUGCACCCACCUGCUCUGUGAGAGCCAGGUCAGCAGGCUGUUCACACAGGCGAUAAAGGAGAGGAAGAGGUGCAUCACGGCGCACUGGCUGAACAUGGUCCUGAAGAAGAAGAAGCUGGUGUCGCCCCAUCAGGCACUGCACUUUCCACUGGCCUUCCUGCUGGGGGACAAGCCGUGCUCCCAGCAUAUUAUCUCUGUGACUGGGUUCGUUGACAGCGACAGGGACGACCUGAAGCGAAUGGUGUAUCUGGCAGGAGCCAAGUACACGGGCUACCUGUGCCACAGCAACACCAUCCUCAUCUGCAGAGAACCAACUGGUUUAAAGUACGAGAAAGCCAAAGAGUGGCAGAUCCCGUGAGUGAAUGUCAAGUGGCUGGGGGACAUCCUGCUGGGGAACUUCGAGGCCCUGCAGCAGACACAGUAUGGCUGCUACACCGCCUUUGGCCUGCAGGACCCCUUUGCCCCGACCCCACACCUGGUGGUGAACCUCCUGGAUGCUUGGAGAGUUCCGUUGAAAGUGUCAGCAGAGUUGCUGAUGGAAUGUCACCUUAGUCAUCUUACUGGUGUAAGACUACCUCCCAAACCGAAGCAGAAUGAAGUAACUAAUAUCCAGCCUUCUUCCAAAAGUGCCAGAAUCGAAGACAUUCCACCUCCCUCCAAGAAGUUACCACCGGAACUGACCCCUUUUGUGCUUUUCACUGGAUUUGAGUCUGUUCAAGUUCAAGAGUACAUAAAGAAGCUCCACAUCCUGGGUGGGGAGGUUGCCGAGUCUGCACAGAAGUGCACCCACCUCAUCGCCAGCAAGGUGAAGCAGACCGUCAAGUUCCUGAUGGCCGUUUCCAUGGUGAAGCACAUGGUCACCCCAGAGUGGCUGGAGGAGUGCUUCAAGUGCCAGAAGUUCAUCAACGAGCAGAACUACCGUCUCCGAGAUGCAGAGGCCGAAGUGCUUUUCUCCUUCAGUUUGGAGGAGUCCUUGAGGAGGGCCCACGUUUCUCCACUUUUCAAGGUGAAAUACUUUUACAUCACUCCUGGGAUCUGCCCAAGUCUGUCAACCAUGAAAGCGAUUGUGGAAUGUGCAGGAGGCGAAGUGUUGUCUAAAAAACCAUCUAUCAGGAAACUCAUGGAACAUAAACAGGAUAAGAGUUUGUCAGAAAUAAUUUUAAUAGCCUGUGAAAAUGACCUUCACUUGUGUCAAGAGUAUUUUGCCAGAGGAAUAGAUGUUCAUAAUGCAGAGUUUGUUCUCACUGGAGUGCUCACUCAGACACUGGACUAUGAGUCAUAUCCUUUCAGAAGCCUGAGAGCAGCCGUUGUCGUCCUGCCGCAGGCGGUGGCCUGGGCUGCAGGGCCUGGCAUGUGCCCUGCAGAAGAAAGGAGGGGCUGGUUUUCUGUGGUGGGGCUUCGGGCACCUGGGGCUCUUAAUCUGAACUUGGGGACCUUGUUGGGUGUUGACACUGGUCCACACUGCUCACAGCACUGGCUCCACGAGCUCCGGGAGCACUCCAGCACCGGCAGGGCCUUCACCCGCAGAGAAACAGCUGAAAUGAGCCUCCCGUGGCUGUGCCAUGGGCUGAUCUCUACCACUGCCUCUGGCUCUGUCCAAGUGGCACAUUCGGAACAUGCAAGUGGACAGUGGGGGCUCCGUGGCUGGGACAGGCAGCAGGUGGCCCAGAAGGCGAGGAGGCUGCCUUCUGCAGCAGGGAGGCCGUGGAGGCAGGCAGAUCCUCCCUCUGAAGGAGGGAGAGGUGGUGGGGAUCGUCGAGUGCUCCAGGGGCUGGUGGAAGACAUCAUCGAGGAGGUGGAAGUGGUGGCAGCAGAGGAGCAGGAGAAGGUGUCCGUGCAGGAGAGGGACGAGGGCCCGGAGGAGCAGGGCCAGGAACAUCCAAGGACUGGAGCCUCGAGGGACCAGCCCUCAAUAGAGGCAAUGUGGGCUUGGGCUACCCUGCAGGUAGAGCCGAGCUAUGCCAAAGAGCAGGACCUAAGAGCUAUUGUGCGGCUAUGGAGGAAUGACAACCAGAGGAGAAAGCGUCACCUCCAUCAGAGAAGUGCCGUCAUCCAGGGCCUUACUGGCUUCUGA